GAUCAGUACCGGUGGAACGAUCGUCGCGAUAAGAACCGAUCCCGGGAGGUUACCGUCUUGGAAGAAUUUUUGUGAAUAAGCAAAGUGAGACAUUCGAGUGGUAUUAAGAAAAAUUCCAUUUUUAAAGUGUUCAAGAUUUUAUUGACCACUCCACCAAACUUCUUAACAACCGAGGCGGGAGAAAAAAAAGUUCUGAGUAAAUGCUGUGGGCACUGUGAAAAAAAGGAAGGUCCAAUGUGAAUGAAGAGAAGAAUUAAAUGGUCCAUGUGAGAACACGCAACGUCCGGUUAGUUCGGUGAAAAGACUUUCCCGAUAAGUUUGGAUUGUGAGAAUAAAAGAAAAACCCGAAAAAGUUUUGUGAUCGUGUGUGAAAAGAAAGGAUUAAAUUAGAUUAGAGUGUGGCUGGCCUCUGGGAGUGCCGUGUUUCAAUUUCUGUGUGUGUGACUGGAAGGAUUUUUCCCCGAUUUCGUGCCAGGAUCAGGUGAAUGGGGAGCACCAUGAUUGUGAAAACAGUUGCGGUUUUAGCAAUAUUGAUUUGCGGUUUCGGAGAUGUCAGAUCAGAAGCGAUCGCCAUCGAGCAGAUUCUGUCCCUGUGCUGCCAGGAGGGCGAGGAAUGGGGCACUCAGAACCGGCUGUGCUCCAGCUUCAACAAAUCACUGGAACUGGUCCCGGGAGAGCUGCGAGGGUUGUGCCUUUCGACGAUUGAGAUCUGCUGCUCGAAGCAGCACAAGAUUUACCAGUGCACAGCUGGCCAAAUAGCCGCCCGGCAGGGUCUCAGCUGCUCCCUGAAGGGCGAUCAUUCAGGGUCGGAAUUCUAUACGGAUUGCUGUGAGGCGUGCAAAAUCGGUCUGGUCGUGGGAUCCAGUUCCAACAAAUGCUCGGUUGAUCCGUUUGCCUUUGGGAGUCCCUGGGAUGAGGUGUACGAAGGAUGCUGCAAGGACAUCAAACAGGGAGAUGACACUUUUCUGCUGAGUGAAGAGGAUUCCAACAAUAUUUGUGGUCGAUUCGAAAAUCUUUGUUCGCAGAUUUGCGAAAAUACUGACGGCGGAUCUUAUGUAUGCAAAUGUGAGCCUGGAUAUAUGCUGCUAGAUGACAGGAAGACUUGCGUUCAAGUUACGUCCGAGGAUGAAAAUGAAAUAUCUACCGAUGAGGUUUAUGCUGAUUGCCGUCGCGGUUUCGAGAAGGACCAACGGACGGGCGAGUGCGUCGAUGUGGACGAGUGCGAAACGGGCGAGGCAACCUGUAACGCCAUGACCCAGGUCUGCAUGAACCUGGAGGGAAGCUAUCGCUGUCUGGACAUCCAGGAAGAUGUCAAAUGUGAGGCCGGCUAUCGGCUGGAUCGAAAAACAGGUCAAUGCGAAGACAUUGAUGAAUGCGAGGAUGAUGCUGCUUGUGACGAGGGCUUCCAAUGUGUCAACAUUAAAGGAUCGUACGACUGUAUAGCCGUUGUAAAAAACUAUCCACUACAAACUCCACCAAAACGAAGAGUUGAAUCUUGCGCUCCAGGUUUUCGCAGACACAACGAUCAAUGUGUGGACAUUGACGAGUGUGCCGCUGAUAAGAAUGCAUGUGACAGCAACCAGGUGUGCACCAAUGAGAUCGGUGGUUUUCGAUGCGAUUGCAAAAUUGGCUUCAUGUUGGACCAGGUCACGAACGCCUGUGUGGACAUUAAUGAGUGCCAGAUAAAUGCCCACGAGUGUUUGGAAUCGCAACGAUGUGACAAUACGAUCGGAUCGUACACGUGCAUCCGGUUGCAGAGCUGUGGCACCGGUUACACGCUCAAUGCCGGCACCGGAAACUGUGACGACGAUGACGAAUGUGCGUUGGGACGGCACAACUGCGUCUCCCCGUACGAGUGUUUCAACACGAAAGGUUCCUUCCGGUGUCGCCAACGGUCCAGGUAUGCUCCUCCCCCGCCUCCGUCCGUAAGUAGCCACCACAACAGCUUGACGGCAACGACUAGCACUAGCACAAGUACCAGCACCAGCACUUCCACUUCCACUACUACAACUGCCCGUCCCGUUUAUUACACGCCGCCCCCGCCCAGGAUGACACAUCAUCAGAGCCAUCACAAUCAGCAACAACCCUUGUACCAACAACCUUCGGCGGGUCAACUGCAACAGCCUGACUAUAAUCGGUACUCCGGGGGUUGCGGAAUUGGAUUCGAACGAAACGCUCUGGGAGCUUGUGUCGACAUCGACGAGUGUGCCCGGGAGAAUGUGUGCCGCUACAAUCAGCGUUGCGUGAACAGUAAUGGAUCCUAUCGGUGUUACGAUCUGCUGGUGUGUCCCAACGGGUUUACCGCCAACAGCGAAGGGACCGAAUGUUUGGACGUGGACGAGUGCAGCACCGGUGAGGCCAAGUGUGGUCCGGAUCAGGUGUGCAAAAACAAACGCGGCGGCUACGUCUGUUUGUGUCCGCCGGGGCACAUAAUCGGCCGGAAUCAUCGCUGCGAGGACGUAAACGAGUGCGAUUUGCACAAAGGCAAGGUGUGUCCCCAGAACUCGGACUGCCUGAACACGGUUGGGUCCUAUCGAUGUGACUGCAAGGAAGGCUUCCGGAAGGCACGCCCCGAAGAUCUGAUCUGUACGGAUGUGGACGAAUGCAGUGAAGUUCCGGGGCUGUGCCAUCAGCGCUGCAUCAACUACUGGGGCUCCUAUCGGUGUGGCUGCGAGCCGGGCUAUCGAUUGGCCAUGAAUAAUCGGACCUGCGACGACGUGGACGAGUGCGAGGAAUACAAAUCGAAUAACCUCUGCGUGGGCAUUUGCGAAAACACACCUGGCUCGUACAGCUGCCGAUGUCCGCAGGGCUACAAAGUGGGACACGAUGGGCGCAGCUGUAUUGAUAUCGACGAAUGUGAAGCGAGAGACGUCUGCAACGGGCGAAACGAAAUUUGCACCAACAUCCGGGGCAGCUAUCGAUGUACCAGAAUCAACUGUCCGUACGAGUACGAAAUCGAUCCGGAUCGGAACAAUCGCUGCCGGCGGACGACCAAAUAUUGCAACCCGGGCGAUCUGGAAUGUCUGCGGAAACCGUCGUCCUACUCGUACAACUUUAUAACGCUAGUAUCGAACAUGCCGGUUCCGCCAUCCGGUCGGGCUCUGUUCAAUCUGCGAGGACCGGCCUGGUACGAGGCCAUCGAUUUCGAUUUGAAGCUAAUUUCGGUCGAUGCGCCCGGCAACGUGAGACCGGCCGAUCAGCGCUACUUCAGUCUCAACAAACUAUCGAACGAGGUUCUGCUCAAUCUGGUCCGGAGCAUAGAGGGACCGCAGGACAUUGAGCUGGAACUUAGCAUGACCGUUUUCAAGGAUGGCCAGCCGUUUGGGUCCAACAUUGCCAAGUUGUUCCUGAUGAUUUCGGCGUACGAGUUUUAAUUUCUAGUAUCCUACUAUCCUUACAAUGUAUCUAUAGGUUGCCAUUUGCCAUUGAUUUUAAUUAACCACAUUUCUGUUUUCCACCGCAUGAAAGAAGGAAAUACACAUGCUACUUUGUAAU